AUGAAUUAUUCCUUUCUGUCCCUACCUAGCAAUGUUCAGGACUCGUCCCAGCCUGCAGCUUCUACAGUGGCCUCAGCAAGGAACGUGCCCCAGGGCCCAGAAAGUCCUGUUGCUUCUAGACCUGGAGUGGCCAGCCUAACCACUGCAGCAGCUUUCAAACCUUCAGGGUCCACGAAUGUCAUCAAGUCACCAAAUUGGCAGCGUCAGAACCCAGCAGUUCCAUCAACUGGAAGAAUCUCAAACAACAUUACUCCAUCUGGAGCAACUGCACCAACCAGCCCAGCCCAGCCUCAGCUAAAUGAACAAGACACUUAUGUGCAGAGAGCUGAGCAUAUUCCAGCAGGGAAACGCACUCCAAUGUGUGCUCAGUGUAACCAGGUCAUCAGAGGACCUUUCCUAGUGGCAUUGGGAAAAUCCUGGCAUCCAGAAGAGUUUAACUGUGCCCACUGCAAAAACACCAUGGCUUACAUUGGAUUUGUGGAGGAGAAGGGAGCCCUGUACUGUGAGCUGUGCUAUGAGAAAUUCUUUGCUCCUGAAUGUGUUCGCUGCCAAAGGAAGAUCCUGGGAGAAGUCAUCAAUGCUUUGAAACAGACUUGGCAUGUUUCCUGUUUUGUGUGCGUGGCCUGCAAUAAACCCAUUCGAAACAAUGUUUUCCACUUGGAGGAUGGUGAUCCCUACUGUGAAACGGAUUACUAUGCUCUGUUUGGUACCAUAUGCCAUGGAUGUGAAUUUCCCAUAGAAGCUGGUGACCUCUUUCUGGAAGCCCUGGGUCAUACCUGGCAUGAUACAUGCUUUGUGUGUUCAGUAUGUUCUGACAGUUUGGAAGGUCAGACCUUUUUUUCCAAGAAGGAUAAACCACUGUGCAAGAAACAUGCUCAUUCUCUGAAUUUCUAAAAGGAAACAACAUAAUGAGGAAGAAGAAAAAAAAGUGAAAAGAAGAUGGAUUUUACUAGUAGCUAAUUUUCAUAGGCUAAUAUUCAUGUAACUUUGAAGAAAUAUGCAGAAAGGAUAAAUUUUUAUUCAUUUAUAUGGAAAUAUUUGGACACGUAAAGUGGAGAGAGGGAGAUGCCAUAGAAAGUCAAGGUUUUUCAAGGCUUUCUGCCCAUGAAAUAACUAUCAGGCCUGUAUUUCCUAGCUGAAUAUUGUUCAUUUUGAAAGAACUGGAUGAAGAAAUAUUUUUUUGAUGAAUGGUAUUCUUUAUGCUGAGACCUCAACAUAUGCUCCCCCCAGUCAGUGCAAGAUCACAAUCAAUUUAUAGAUGGAUGUUGAGUAAAUCUAGGGGAAAAAUCUAUAAAAAUGCCUCAGAUGUUCCCAUAUGUAUGAGAAAUUUAAAAGCAGACAAAAUGAGACUCCCCUCUUAAGUUAACAGAAAAUUUCAUUAAAUGAUAGGUGCCAAUCUUUUUUUUUUAACUUUUUGUGUAGCUGUGCUAAAAACUGAUCACUUAUGGAAAGAAAUGCCAAAGGAAUUUUUGAUGCAAAAUGUGCAAAUCUUUUAAGUGAUGUAUUAAUGAGGAAAGCCUUUUCCCCCCUGCAAGCAUCUAUUGGAACUCAUACAUAAACCAUACAGGUUAACCUUUUAGUAACAUAAGACCAUCUGGUAUUCAUUAUAUGCAUCUUUCUACUGGUACUGUGUUCUACGCUUAGCCCUCCCUUACCCCCAAGAGUAGAAUAUGAGAAGAAAAAACAAGUAAAUGCUCAGAAAGUUGAGCUUUUUCCCUUUAAGGGGGGGGAAGGGAGGGUGCAGGGAGGGAGGGAGAGAGAGAAAGAAAGGGAGUAUCUUCAGGUGCUUUUGUAAACCUUCAGGACUGCAUAAAUGACAGUUGCUAGCUUAUUAAAUUUUGGAAGGUUAUAUACAGCAUUGGUACAAAUCAGCAGAAGAAACAAGUUCUUGGUCACAUCAACACUUUUUCAAAAAUGUACUCUCUUUUGGUAGCCACAUUCAAUUUUCUUUAAAACUGUGUAGCUACGCCAAAAACAUUCUUUUUGGAAAGAAAUUCCGAGGAAAGAUUGGAAGUCAGUGGAUUUUAUCUAAAAGAAAAUCUCUAUCACUUUCUAGGUUGAUAAAUGGGAGCAACUUGGGAGAAUUAAACAGGCUGGUUGGAGAAUAAAGAGCUUUAUUUGGUGACAAGGUUUUUCUGUAAUUACAGAUUUGGAAAUUAAUUAGAAGAUAGAAAAACCACUUUUGAGAUGUGAUAAAAUAUGUCCUAUGUUCUUUGAUUGUUGAUGGUUAAAAGCAAUAAGUGAAUUUCUUUUCAAAUCAAAUGCAAAAACAUUUCAUUUGAGAGUAUUGUGAUAUUAAGAAUGGAAAAGUGAUGACUUAUUGGCACGUUAUUUGCUUUCCAUAUUUUGAGAUUAAAAUUAUAUGUAGUUCUAGGGAGAGAGAAAUCGUGAUAAUAUUAGUUUGGUGUCCCAAAAGUCUUAGUGCAGUUUAAACCUCAAAGCUUUAAACUGCCUUAAGAUUUUCAGUACACUCUCUACAUUAGUUCAAUAAGAAAGAUGCAGGGCAUUUCAUAGUUUUUUAGUUUGGGGAUUUUUUUUUCCUCCUGUGUUUCUAGCAAACAGAGGGAAGGUCAGUAUAUGCUCCCUCGGGGUUCUAAGUUUUCAUUUUGGACUUGUGGGGCAAGAUGUUUCUAAAAGGGAAUGGGAGAGUCAAGUCCCUCCCUGCCCCAUCACUCGCUCCCCUGCUUUGCUUCCAUUGUGAGCUGGUUCCGGAGUAAGGUUGAAACUGCCCUUUGUUUAAACUCCUGAACUUGAAAGGCAGCUACGCUGACAGGCUGUUAAUUUAUGGUCUUAACCAAUUUAUGUUAUAUGUGAAUUAUAAUUAAUUUAAACAAAUCAGAAGGAGGAGACGUAGGGGUAAAUGUGCUGCGCCAAGAAGCAAUGGAACGCCUCGUGGGCUUAGUGUCUAGAAGGGGCUAGAGCGUCCUGGGGACCCAGCCGGGUUCUCCAGCGCUUUUGGCUGUGAGCACCUGCACAGGGCCUCUGGGACAGCCUGCCUCCCACAAAGUCUGCAGCUUUGGAGCAGUUCAAAAUGUGUUUCUGACCUGCUUUGGUGUGCUUUGGGUUCAUUUUCUGCGCCCUCUUUUUGUUUUGUUUGUUUUAGGACUACAUGCCAAGAUCUUAUUCAAUAGUCUAUGACAUUUGUGUACUUUGCAAAAAUUCUUGCCUGGAAUUUGGAUGAAGUUAUCAUGCUUUAAGGACUUUUUUUUUCUUAAAGAAGUAUCCUUCUCCUCCCCUCCCCCUCAUCCUCCACCCCAUCCCCACCCCCGCUUAUAUUUCUUGGAGAUCACGCUGUUGCACUUCCCCUAACGUCCCUUCUCUCUGCCAGGGGAGAAGCUGCUGCCGAAUUUAUAAUUCUCUGUUUGUGCUUUGUCUCUCUAGUAACUGAAUAGUUAGAAAUGUCAGAUUAUUGGCAAAUCGCUAAUCCCAUGGAAAUAAGUUCUGUCUACUGCUCAUAAACCAGAAGGAUUUGUGUAUUUUCUCCCAAGAAAGGGUAGAUUGUAAUACACAAGGCUUAAUCUUUUAAUACCUGGCAGAGCACUUUAUUGUUCAGGUUAUCUCCCUGAGUAUUUAUUGUUUUGGUUAUAGAUAGCUCCUAGAUCAGUAGCCUUUUCUGUUUCUGCUACUUCUGUGUAGUUCAUUUACUUUCAGGCACUCUUGAUAUAUAUUUUUGGAUGCCAAAUUUGUAGCACGAUUUAAAAAAUGUAUAGUAUGGCCCUAGAGAUAGUGACUUCUGACCAGGAAUUUUUCCAGGUUCCAUGUUUAGGUUACUGACGAUAGGCUCAGUGUCUUCAGCAUUUUAGUAGGCCUCUAAGGGCCAAAUCGGGUCCUCUAAAGUAUAGUGCUUGUUACUACCAGAAGCCUAAUUUGGAAGAUUUGUCCCUCCACUUGUGCAUCUAAAUGCUCUAAGUUUCAGGUUCCACAAGCCAGGAUCUCCCUCUUCUCUCCACUGCCCAUAACCCCUGAUGGUUCAGACUUCACAGGAGAGCCUAGGAUUAAACUAAACUUUAACUCUCUGAUAAAUGUUAGGGUAGGAGCUCAAAUUAAGACAACAGACUUUGAAUUAAAAAAAAUUCAUGCAGCAUUAUCUAUAAAAUUAUUUAUAAUGAGAAUAUAUUAAUAUACAGAUUUUCAACCGGUGAGGUACUCCAGCUAUAUUCACUACACACACUGCCUCCAAGGAAGGUUCGCUGUCUUUGCUCUUUUGUGAACUUAGAUGUAACUAGAACAAGCUGCCAUAUUAGUGUGAAGUAAAUGUCUCCGUACAUUUAUUUUGGAAUACAAUUUCCUCAGUUACUUUAGGAAGAUAGCUUUGCAGGCAUAUAAAAAUAAGGACAAAUACACAAAUUGGUAGAAGAAAAUUACUGCACCAUCAAUUUUAUUUCUGCUUGAUUUGUUUAAAAGGUUUGGUAUUUCCAAUAUGUCAUUUUGCUUCUCUAUUAACCUCUGACUUUUGCUUUUUUCUUUUUGUUUCUAAAGACAUUAUAUUCUAAUUAGUUUUGCUUUUGGACGAGUAUCCUGAUGAAAAGGCAUAUAAACAGCAUGCUGAGCAGAACAAUACCUUUAUGUACAUAAUAAAUAAUAAAUAGCUUCAUAAUAAAUGGGUGUGGUGUUUCAGAA